AUGUGCACGCUCGCAGAUCCCCAACGACGGGAAGAGAAGGAUGAUCGACUGCAGGCAUACAGCGGUAUUGCAAACAAGCUCUGUGUGGCAUUUGUGGUGCUUCUCAACCUUGCGCCACGCAUCCUCCUAGCCUGGGCGCGUGAGAAUGGCGUGAUCGAUAAGGUGUUUGACGAAGGCGUUGAUGAGGUCGAGCUUUGUGGUCUUGAGGUGUUGGUUGGCCAUGAGUCGAAGGUCCAAGAGGGUCUCACCGCACCAUCGAGACGGAUAGAUUGCAAGACUUGUGGGACGAACAAGAAGAGAUCGGAGAAUAAUGUCCCUCUCCCUGUGCGCCUCCUCGUAACAUCGACGUCCUCCUCUACGCGCCACGUCUCGAAGAGUCCCUUCCACUCCUCCAAGCCGGUAUCCGUUGCCAAAGCUCGAAGCGAGCAAAGAUCACUGGACAAUAUGUCUAUAUCAAGCCUACAAGUGGGGUUGGCAUGCGCGGUCGAUAGCGAAGUAUUGGGGCUGUGGAGUUGGUGA